AUGGAAGAAGAAUUUCAGGAAGCCCUAACAAGCCUUCACAAUGUUGGUGAUUGGCAAGGUUCUUCUUCUUGUUCUUCUUCGUUUGAUGAUUGGCAUUAUUCUUCUUUUCAACAAACCCUACUCCAAGAAACCUCUAUUGUUGGUUUUGUUAUGGCCAAUAUUAUAGUGAGUCGCAGAUAUGGUAUAGUAUUCUUUAAUUACCGUGAAUCAGUUCUACUUGUAUUUGAGCCAAGAAAGCUUGAUGAUCGAAGUUCUGCUAUUAAGGUCUUGAAUGCUGAUUAUCUUGAACUGGGUUAUCUUGAUAGAUCAGUUGCUACUGUUUUAUCUCCUUUGGUUGAAAAUAAAAUGAUUAAUGUUAAAGUUAUGGUGCCUGGAUCAAGAACUAGUAGCAAUAUGUUGGUUCCUUGCCAAGUAAGUAUCUCUGCAAAAUUAGAUGAUUUUGAAACUGUUAAAACUGCAAUUUCGCAAGGUGGGUUGAUCUUAGUUUCCCAGCCGGGUUCAAGUUUUGCAUCAUUUCAUGAUGAGGCUAUGGUGGUUAAAGAAAAGAGUAGUACAGCUGGACAUAGGAAUGUCAAUGAGAAAUUAAGGUUGGUUGAGGGGAAUGAGAACAAAAGAGGGCGAAAGCGGUUCAGCAACUACGAACCUCUCUGUUUGCACACUCAAGAACCGGAGAUUAUUGAAAACGAGAGUGGAGUUUGCCUUUCUGAACAUACUUUUGAAAUUGAACUAGCAAACAUCAAUGCCAAACCUGCCUUGCAAGUGGAGCCAGAGCACUUAAAUUUCAUCCCCAUUGGCGCAGUAGGGCAUAAUAAGGUCAGUGUUGAAGGUGCUUGUUCUAAUGGAAUAAUUCCAGUGAUUGUGUUCCGGAACGUAAAGGGGACUGGCCUGACUGAAUGCUUGGCUUCUGAUCCAUUGUUCUCUAGUUUUGAAGAUUUUGAAGGUGCCAACUAUCCCACCAACUAUUGGUCAGAGACAUUUCCUAAGAUGUUGUUGCAAGCAAAUGAAAUCCGGAGAACUCCCUUAAAAAUACUGUGCACAGUUCGGAUAAGCAUUGCAGAUGCAGCAAAGAUGGUGCACGUUGUUAAAACUGAUGCUGUUGAAAGAAAGCAUUUUCGGUGA